AUGUCUGCGGAGAGCGGCGGACUUCCCUCCAUCGGCGCCAAGCCGCGCAUGGGGAAACGCAAGGAAAAACUCCAAAUUUGGAGCGCCGUCGCGCUGCAGCAGCACUUCUCGCGUGGGGCGUUGCUGAGUAGUGUGUUGCCGACGUUAGAGGAGGCGCCGCCGCCGCUCCCUGGCGGCCGGCUGACGCUGGCACAGAAAAUGGGGCUUGUUCCACUGCCGCCGCCGGCCCCCACGGAAGAGGAGUGGACGAGAAUUGAAGGUACUGCGGUGCGCCGUAACCUCACGGUGCCGCUCGGGGCCAAUGCCUGCUGCAUCUGCCAGGAGCCUUUUUACGCCACGAUGGAGCAGGGACAGGUGCUGCUAAGUUGCUCACACGUCUUCCAUGAGCAAUGCUUUCGCCAAUUUGAGAAGCUGGCGAGGCGGUCGCGCGACAAGUUGGAUGCGACGCCGCUCUGCUGCCCUGUGUGCCGCAGCAGCCACUACCACAAGCGCAUUUUUUACGCGGGUCAGGCCAUGGCACAGCGGGCAGCAAUUGUAAAGAUUCAGGCCUUUUUUCGCCGCGUCCUGGCACGCAAGGCGUACGUGAAGCUGCGACUGGAGAGUGACAGCGAAUUCUCUGGCGAGUACGCGCGAGAGCGGCUGGCACGGCUGUCCAACACGUAUGCCGCGUACGCUGAGCGCCGUGAGCGGGAGCGGGCCAGCAUGUUAGAGGGCAUCGACCUCCGUCUGCAGCGCGCGCUUGCGCAGUGCACAACGAGAGAGGAGUGGAAUGCGCUGCGUGCGCGGGCGUAUGCGGCGGCGGCGGCGGCGGGAGGCGCGUUGGACUGCCCCAUCUGCUUUGGCGCAAUUGAGCGCAACCCACACGCCGACGACUCUCAAAGGGGCGUCACAGGAGAAGAUGUCGUUGCGGCCUUUCGACGCGAGUACGAUGCACGCAUGGCCCAGCGGCGUGCCACAGAAAGCAAGAAGAAAACGUCAUCGCAACUGCCAGGCAGGCACACCAGGCACGUCACUAUAAAAGCGCAGCCGGUGUCGACUGAAGGACAUCCAAGCACGUCUGAGGCACGCCCUUCUCAGGAAACAAACCCGCCGAGCCCAGCCCGCAACACGCGUGCGGGAUGUAGUGAGCCACCCGCCUCGCAGGUGGGAGGGCCGCGUUAUGGCAUCUUGUUGAGUUGUGGGCACUGCUUCCACGAUGCAUGCCUCUCUGCGUUUGAGCGCUAUACUGAGAUGAAGGCGGUGGAGAAAAGUGAUCUUGUACUCAUCCCUCGUUGUCCACUCUGCCGCUCAGCCUAUGUGAAGGUGGAUUACUAG